CCUGACGUCAUUGGCCCGUUUCCGUAGAGGAAGCCGCCUCUGCUGCUGCAUGUAAACAAAGAAGCAACAGCAGGUCUGAUGGAGACAACCUCAGUUAAACAAGGGAAACAUUGAACAGCGAUCGCUUUGUUUGAUCUGAAGCUGACAGUCUGUGUGUGAUGGGGCUCCGCUCCAACUGAACCGGAACCAGCAAAUAUGUCUAUGGAAGAUCCAUUCUUCGUCGUCAAAGGCGAGGUACAGAAGGCUGUCAACGCAUCACAGAGCCUCCAUCACAGAUGGAGCGAGCUGUUGCAGGAGGGGGGCGGGGCCUCCAAGGAGGAGAUGGACUGGACGACCAAUGAACUGAGGAACAGUCUGCGCUCCAUCGAGUGGGACCUGGAGGACCUCGACGAGACCAUCAGCAUUGUUGAGUCCAACCCAAAGAAGUUCAACCUGGAUGCAGCCGAGCUGUCCAAGAGGAAAGCAUUCAUCACCACUACCAAACAGACUGUAAAGGAAAUGAAAGAACAGAUGUCGAGUCCAACUGCUGCUUCGGUGGAGAGAAAGAACACACAGGCUCUGCUCGGUGACCGUGGAGCUCAGGGUCCGAUCUGGCAACCCGGUCCUGAUAAAUACGGCCGGCUGGACCGCCAACUGCAGAAUGCCAACUCUCAGUUCAUCGAGGAGCAGCAGGGCCAGCAGCAGCUGAUGGCCGAGCAGCAGGACGAGCAGCUGGAGCUCGUGUCGGGAACAAUCGGAGUCCUGAAGAACAUGUCGGAGAGGAUCGGCAUGGAGCUGGACGAGCAGUCUGUGAUGCUGGAUGACUUCACUCAUGAGGUGGACAGCACUCAGUCCAGACUGGACAACGUCAUGAAGAAACUGGCCAAAGUGUCUCACAUGACCAGCGAUCGUCGUCAGUGGUGCGCUAUCGGCAUCUUGCUCUCAAUCCUCUUCGUGGUUAUCCUCCUCUUAAUCAUCCUGUGAUUGAUUCAUCCUCCGGUCACCACAGAACUCGUUUUAAACCUGUGUUUAUUGAGCUCUACUGAGCCUUACUGGACUAUCCUGGACUCCACUGAACACUGUUCCCCUCGACCAGACUUCAUUGAACCCUACGGAGGUUAAUUAAACUCUCCUGGGUGUUUCUGAACUACGAUAGACUCCACUGGACUCUACAGGACUGUACUGGACUCUGCCAGACUCCACUGGACUCUACAGGACUGUACUGGACUCUACCAGACUCCACUAGACUCCACUGGACUCUACAGGACUGUACUGGACUCUACCAGACUCUUCCAGACACUACUGGACUCUUCGGGACUCACUGACAGACUUUCUGGACCACACUGUGUGUGCGAGACUCCACUGGACUCUUCCGGACUCUACUGGACUGGUUCCGGCUCACUUGGACCGACGAGGCACUUUGUUUCUUUGCGUAUUUGACUGUUGUUAAAAUUGUCACGGAGGUCAGAGGUCAAAGCAGGUGGAAACAUGUUUGAUGUGUUUUAAGGGCUGAAAAUAACCGCAACGGUUCAAUCCCAUUAAACCACUAAAGUAACUCUAGAUAAACGUUAAUUUUACUCCACUUUAACUCUAGUUUUACUCCUUGAAGUUCUUAAUGGAUUGAAGUAAACGAGUUGUUAAACAAAGCGAAAAAAUAUCCAAGCUCUCACACCACUCGUGCAGUAUGAUCCCAGUGUCAUUCAUCCAGUAUUGUGCUUUGUACAUCCCAAACUCCAGCAUACUGGAUAAAACCUCAUUUAAAAAAAUGUAUUAAAACACUCCGGAGUCCAACCAUGCAGACAUGAGACUGUUCCACUCCAUUUGAACUCUGUGUUAACAGUUUUUUCCUGGUUUUAUACAGGUUUAAAACAGUUUGUAUCAUGUUUAACCCUUUAUUAAGUCACUUUAAUCCUGGUUAAACGUCAGUUCAGCUCUGAUUAGUCUGAGGUUGGAGUUUGUUGGAAAACAUUGUUAAGAACACUAAGACUUCCUGUUUGCGUUUACAUUUCAUGUCGUUUAGUUUUACUGACUGAAUCUUUUUUUGAUCUUUUAAUGGUAUAUUUUACUUUAUUGUGUGUUUGUGUUUACUGAACAGAUCGGUCAGGACAUUAUUGAUAAGUGGAAUUUUCUACUGUUUAAAGGUUAAACCACACACUUUAAUGCUUCACAAUAAAGGCACUUUCCAGAUGAAUCUCUGGAAGGCUUUUAAUGUGAAGCUGCAGGAAGUGAAGCCCUGAAGGUUAGCAGGCGAGUAACUUCCUGUUGGAAAUUGUUUGUAAUCAUGUAACGUGUGUAGAACGGAUCGGACCUACGGUACGCGUAGCGGUGAAAUAUCACGUGUUUCCUGUUUAAGAUUUGAAUGAAAUAAAACCACAGAUACUCUCAAAUACACAGAUUAUAAACACACUUACCUGUGGAGUUUAAUCUCUGUAAUUAAUUUUGGUGUGUUUUAACUCUUCAUAACACUAUUUAGUAUUGUCUGUAUGUCCUUUGAGAUUUGAUUAUGAAUUAUUUUCAUACUUUGAUUUCGGUGCUUUUCACAGCCACUAAUUUAGAAACCCAUCCAUCCAUGUUUUAACCUCCAUGAGCUACUUUUCUGAAACAAACAAAUAGUCCAAAACGAUUAAUAAUGAAGAUAAUAACAACUAGUCUGUAUUUUGCUGUAACAUCCUGAAUCGGAACAGAUGAAUGACUGAAUUUCUGUUAAAUGGAAGACAUGUAGUUUGAAGUUAAACUGUUAUUGUUAAAUUUUAUUAAACUAUAUCAUUGACUGAGUGAAUGAAAACAUCA